UCUCCUUCGGCUUCUUUCCCUUUCAGCUGCAAGUAAAAUCCAAUAAGAGGAAGAAGAAGAUGAUGACUACGAAGCCAGAAUUGCCAUCCGUGUUCCGAUGUCCUAUUUCUUUAGAACUGAUGGAAAACCCAGUCACAAUCUCCACCGGCAUCACCUACGAUCGCCGCAGCAUCGAGAAAUGGCUUUUCACCUACAAAAAAUCCACCUGCCCCGCCACCAUGCAGCUCCUCUCCACCUUCGACCUCAUUCCCAACCACACUCUUAAAAACCUGAUCCUCUCAUGGUGUACCCAGCACCAACAUCUCUCCUCACUCCCUUCCCCUUCUUCGCCUUCCUCAUCCCAAGUCCACCAACUAACCUCCAUCUUCUCCACCAUGGAGUCGUCCCCUUUUAAAGUCAACUACCUCAAAAAACUUCGCUCCUUCACCAGUGAAAACCACCCUGUCUUCAUCUCCUCCGGCGGAAUGGAAGCUCUCAGUUGCAUAAUCACCGACUGUACUGACUCCUCCGAUUUCAACUCCUUCCGAGCUUGCGAGGAAGCGCUUGGAGUUCUCAACACCCUUCCUUUCGACUACGACGAUGAGUCAGUGGAGCUUUUUUCAAAACCAGAUAGUAUCAAUGCGAUACUACUAAUUCUUCAGCGUGGCAGCGCGGAGGCAAGGCUAAAUGCUAUAGCCCUCCUACAAAGGAUUUCGAAGCUGAAGUCUUCUCUAACUGACCAGCUCCAUCAGAACAACGACGCCUUCAAAUCUCUUCUCGAUCUCCUCUCCGAUGAUACUUCCUCUAGGCUGAGCUCAGCUUCCCUCGAUCUCCUCUUAAACGCCUUGGAAAAUUCCAAGUCAAAUCGUCUUAAAGCCAUCGAAGCAGGCGCUGUUCGCGUGUUAAUCGAGCUUCUCCCGGAUGCCGGAAGGCACAAAGGGCAGAGAACUCUGUUUCUUCUGAAAAGGUUGUGCGAGUGCGCGGAGGGGAGAUCGGCGUUUGCGGAUUACGGAUUCGGAGUCGCGGCCGUUUCGAGCAAAAUAACGGCGAGAGAGUUCGACGCGGAGACGAAGCUUGGUGUUAAAGUCUUGUGGUUAGUGUGUUGUUUUUUUCCGACGAAGAAAGUGGUUGAUGAUAUGAUGAUUUGCGGGGCGGUGAAGAAGCUGUUGGGAUUGAUUCAUGGGGAUGAUGGGCGGUCGACGACGAAGGAGAAGGCGUUGAAAAUGAUGAGGAUGCAUGGGGAUGUGUGGAGACAGUCGCCUUGCUUUCCAUGUGAGCUUAGGGCCUUGCAGUAUUAAUUGUUGGUUUUUGCCGAGGUUAAUUUAUGUUUGGAAAAUAUUAUGAUCGAUUAAGCUAGAUUGAUCGUUAUUGAGUGCAUGCGCUAUGUUAUUAAUUUUUACAU